CGAAAAUUAAAAGGACUGUCAAAGAAAACAAAUUGAAAAAAUUAAAUAAUUUUUAAAAGCAAUAAAAUUUAUAAAUAACAACUGUUUUCAGUAAAUAAAUUAAAAUCGGCAUUAUUUAUUUAAUUUAUGUUGUUAAACAACUAUUUUUCUUUCACUUUUUAAUUAAAAAUUUUUAUUUUUUUAACCUCUGUAUACAUUAUAUAUUUACUAAACAAAACAAACUAAUUUAUAUAGUACUAUCCACAAUAUAUUUCGAUGACAACUGUUGAAGAAUUCUUACGUAUUUAUAAAUAAAGUUCAAUACUAAUGGAUUUGCUAAAAUAUGUUUCUUCCUACGGUAAAACAAAUCGGAAGAAAAUUUUUCGAAGAUUUUUUUCAAAAUUUCAUGAGAAGGUGAAAAUCGGAGAAAAGUGGAAUUCCGUGGUCGGUCUUGAAGUACACGCACAAAUAUCAUCGAAAUCAAAGUUAUUUUCAAAUGCAGGAACUGCAUUCGCAAGUCCGAUAAAUUCGACAGUUUCUUUUUUCGAUUCAGCGAUUCCAGGAACAUUGCCAGUUUUGAAUAGGAGGUGCGUUGAAGCUGGAGUAACAACAGCUUUAGCACUUUCAUGUAAAAUAAACCAGGUUUCCCUGUUCGAUCGUAAACAUUAUUUUUACUCCGAUUUACCAACUGGAUAUCAAAUUACUCAGCAGAGAAAACCUUUAGCAGUAGAUGGAAUUAUUAAAUUUAAUGUAAUUAAUCCAGUAUCUCAGAAGGAAUCUUAUUCUAAACAAUCAAAAAUAAAGCAAUUGCAAUUGGAACAAGACAGUGGUAGAAGUCUCCACGAUGAAGAAAAUGAAAGAAGUUUAAUAGAUUUAAACCGUGCUGGAGUACCACUGAUGGAACUUGUAUUUGAACCUGAUCUCAGAGACGGAGAAGAAGCAGCAUCUUUGAUAAAAGAACUCUGUGCCAUACUCUCGAGAUUGGGAACUUGUUCUUGCAGAAUGGAAGAAGGCGCAUUUCGCGUAGAUGCAAAUGUUUCUGUAAAUAGACCAGGAGAGCCUCUUGGUGUACGAACCGAAAUAAAAAAUAUCGGCAGCGUACGUGCCGUUGCAGCCGCAGUCGAUUUUGAAAUAGAAAGACAAAUUUUAAUGCUUGAGGAAGGUCAGGAAAUUUUCAACGAAACACGUUCCUGGAAUCCGGAACUUAACAAAACUGUUACAAUGAGGGACAAGGAAGUUAAAAAUGAUUAUCGCUUUAUGCCCGAACCAAAUUUACCACCUUUACGUUUACAUCUUGACAGGAAUGUAAAGAACGAAAAUAAUUUAGUGGACGUGCCUUAUUUGAAUGAUCAAUUGCCUGAAAUGCCCGAAGAAACAAGACAGAAACUUAGAGAAAAAUUUGCCAUUUCUCAAGAUCAUAUAAUAGUAAUAACGUAUAAUCCUUCGCUACUAGAAAUAUUUUAUAAUGUUAUGAAAACCAAUGAGAAACGAUGUGCAAAAACUGUUGCAAAAAUUCUAGUUAAUUUCUUUCUUGAAGUUCUAAAUAAGAAAAAUUUAAAAGUGGAAAAUUGUUCAAUUUCACACGAAUACUUUGGAGAAGCAAUUGAUCUCUUGCAAGAUGAAUCCAUCAACUUAAACAUUAUUAGAAAAUUAUUCUAUGAAAUGUUACGUAAUCCGCAAAUUUCUCCAAAACAGAUUAUAAAGGAGAAAAAUUUGGAGCAAAUAAGUGAUAUUGAAGAAUUGACAAGAAUAUGCCAAAAAAUAAUUGACGAUAAUCCUAAAGCAGUGAAAAGUUAUAAAGGAGGAAAAAAGAAAGUGUUUCAAUUUUUCAUAAAUCAAACUUUAAAAUCAACAUAUGAACGAGCAAAUAUAAGUAAGACCAUUGAAGUUUUCAAUAAACUGCUACAUUAAA